UGACCUCUGACCUGGCCAGUGUGGAGCACCAGAAGAAGGUUCUGGAGCUUGAGCUGGAGAAGUGGAGGCAGAUCCCCCCCCCCCGCCCCCCCAGUCACCACCAGGGCCCCCGAGGGACCCCCCCCCCCAUCCUCCACAGCCCCCCUAACCCUGGAGGGGGGGGUCAAGCAGCUCAACACCAGAGUCAAGGCUCUGGGUGUGGAGGUGUCCAGGCUGACAGCUGCUAACAGAGUCCUGAGAGGCCAGCUGGAGGAGAAGGAGGACACACACAGGAAGCUGCAGGAAAAGGCGAGCAAGGCGGAGAGAGACUGCAGCAUGAAGAGGCAGCUGGUGGAGGAGCUGAAGAGCAGGAUGAAGCUGCUGCAGGAGAGAGAGAAGAGCCACACAGCAGAGCUGAGCCACCUGGAGCACAAGGUGAAGGUGCUAACAGAGGAGGCCUCUAACAGGAGGGCCCUGGUGGACUCCCUGAAGCGCAGGCUGGCUGUGGCCUCCAGAGAGAAGAGCCAGCAGGAGGCAGCCUGCCUCGGGCUGAGGCAGGACCUGGAGAAGAAGUCCCAGCGUGUGGAGGCCCUCCAGGCCCGCGUGAGCGCCAGUGAGCGUUCCCAGAGUCAGCUGGAGCAGACGGCCACCAGACAGCUGGAGGGUCUGGCCCAGCAGAGCUCCCUGGCCCUGGACGCUCUCCAGGGGAGACUGACCCAGCAGAGCUCCUUGGCCCUGGAUGCUCUCCAGGGGAGACUGGGCCUGGCCACAAAGCAGCUGGAACAGCUUACCUCCUUCACCAAGGCCCUUGCGAGUGAAGUGCUGGUGGAGGUGCAGGAAGUGAGGUCAGAGCUGUGCAGGAAGAGGAAGAGGAAGCGGCUGGAGGAGGUGGGCGACGUGGGGCUGAAGAAGAGCUCUGUGUCCAGAGCCCAGGCUGUGGCCGCCUCCAUCCUCAACAUGACGCCCACAGACCUGCUGCACAUGCUGGACACACCCCCGGACACAGAGGAGGCCAGUACUGAAGACAGCAGAAGAGACCAGGAGUGGCUGGAACAGGUCAUGGCCAUCCUCCAACAGCAGAUCCCGGCUGCAGGCCGGCUAAUGGAGGCCGUGCGAGUGAAGAUGAAGGAGAGGAAAGUGCUGACAGAAGAGCUGGCGGCGCUCACAGCCCCAGUCAGCGAAAAAGCCUGACUCCCCGGGCAGGAGCUGGGAGAAACUGUCAUCCUCUCCUCCCUCCUUCCCCCCUCUCCCUGCCCCCUCUCCUUCCCCCUCUCUCCCUCACUGUGUCGUCUCAGUGGGGGCUCGACCCAAGCAUAGAGCAUCAGAGCCACACAACCAAUAUUAUUCCUUAUAUUUGUGGGAAAAGAGCUGCUGUUGACACACUCGUGGACGCUCGCUCGCGCAGCACUGGGGCGAGCAAGGG